GGCGGGGGGCGGAAUUGCGAUCCAGGAGGAAGCCCCCCGGGUGGCUCCGACCGGAGGGGAACGAGAGAGAGGGGGUCUGAAAAGUGAGGACACGGAGACGGGGGAGGCUCAGCCCCGUUUCGGAAGGCGAAGCCCGAGAAGAGCCCCGACGCCCGCACAAAGGCGACGAGCGAAGCGCGGAGGGGGGGUAGGGGGGGGGGGGGGAUUUUUUUAAUGCGGAAUCGGAGGAGCCGCGCUGAAAGAAUGACGAGCGACAAGUAUGCAACCGCCGAGGUACACUGCUACCUGAGGUGAAACGAGAAAAUGAUAGAAGAAACACACCCAAACGAUGACAGCUACAUCGUGCGUGUGAAAGCGGUGGUGAUGACACGGGACGACUCGAGCGGCGGCUGGCUGGCCCAGGACGGGGGAGCUCUGAGCCGGGUGGGCGUGUGCCGCCUCCUGCCGCCGGAGUUGGCGCCCUCGCCGGCCUCCGGCAGCUCCCAGUUCCUCAUCCGCGGUGAGCGGCUACGGGACAAACAGUUGAUCCUGGACUGUCCACUGAGGAAGGACCUGGUGUACACCAUAGCGACGCCCACGUUCCAUCACUGGAAGGUGGAGGACCGGAGGUGCGGCCUGUCCUUCCAGAGUCCAGCUGACGCCAGAGCUUUCGACAGGGGGGUACGGAAAGCCAUCGAGGACCUGGCUGAAGGCUCCACCACCUCCUCCACAGCACUCCAGAACGAGGGCGAGCUGGGCGACGACGACGUCUUCACCAACACCACAGACAGCUCAUCCAACUCCUCCCAGAAACUGGAGAGCUCUCUGCAGCCGCUCGAGUCCUCGCCCCUUCCGCAGAGACACAAGUGCGUGAUGGGACACCGCCACGACCUCCACGACCUCCACGACCCCUACCGGCGCUCAGUACACUACUUCUUGGACCAGCCGUCGUCUCGGCUUUCCCGCCAUGUCACUUUCCAGGAGGACGAGGAAAUCGUCCGCAUCAACCCUCGGGAGCGCAGCUGGGAGCGAACCACGGAGCGUCACUACGGUCGCCAGUCGGAGCGCCCCUGGCUCAGGGGCUACGAGGACUACCGCCACGCCACUGUGCACGACAAGUUCAUCCAAAUGGAGGACUCCGAGUCCUACGUCCACUUCGCCAAGACGGAGGCGCAGAAGCACGACUACACCUACCCUCUGGCACCGGCCCUGUCGCCCUCGGACUCCGACCCCGCCCUCGGACCCUUGACCAAUAAGGGCCAGGGCGGCUCGUAUUGCCACGGCUUCUCCUCCGUCGUCGCCACCCAGCCCCGCUCUUUCCUCCCGAGCUCCUCCCCGUCCACCAACGGCGGGAAGGGGCGCAAAGACGACGGGCUGGAGCGCGCGCAGUGCGAGCACUGCGGCGAGGCGUUCUACGUCUCCGACAACCGGAGAGGCCGGUGCCAGGAUGCGCCGGACCCCGUGCGGGCGUGCAUCCGGCGGGUCAGCUGCAUGUGGCUGGCAGACACCAUGCUCUACCACUGCAUGUCUGACCCGGAGGGGGACUACUCGGACCCAUGCUCCUGUGACGGAGGCGAGGGCGGCCGAUUCGGUACGCGCUGGUUGGCGCUGCUCGGCUUGUCCCUGGUGGCGCCCUGCCUCUGCCUCUAUCCGCCUCUCCACGCUUGCCACCGGGCGGGGCUCGCGUGCGGCUGCUGCGGAGGCCGACACAAGGCCCUGAGCUGAGCCGCCGCUGCUUGGAACACGACGGACAUCUAGAACCCAACGCAAGCACAGGGAAAGGGGAAGGAUGGGGGACAUGCACAGAGAGGGCGGCCCGCUCUCUUGCCUUGGUUUCUCUGGGUUUUCUCCACAAAUUCCAGACACUGAAAUAAGCCAAAAAACAGAACAAAAAAAACCAAACAGUUGGUGCAUUUUCUGAACGGCCUGGGAAGAUAAGCUCCCCCUCACGGCAAACAGUUCUCUCACCUCUUCACGUGGCCAUUUCGUGCUCUGUUUCUAGUGAGAGAGCACUCUUUUUUUCAGGGGGCCUUUUUUUCUUUCUUUCUUUCUUUUUUUUUUUUUUAUAGCUGACCUAUAUGUCAUGUAUCACAUAUGCAGGUACUUUAUACUUUGUACACUGACUCGGCGUCAAAGAACUUGAAUUGUUUCUUUGUUCUGCUCUUUUUUUUUUUCCUUCCCCUCUCUCCUUUGAUGUAUGCGUGGCCAUUCUGUUUAUAUUCUAUUCCAAUAUCAGGCCCGGCGCUCAAGCUCAACUCCAGCUACCAGAGGAAUCAGACACUACACCUCUUUACGUGUGCGCGAGUGUGUGUGUGUGUGUGUGUGUGUGUGUGUGUGUGUGUGUGAGUGUGCGUGCGUGCGGAUAGUGUAUGUGCAUGCUCACAAUGUGCGCUGAGGCCUUUUUGUUGUCCGUACCGCAGCCUGUAGUAAAGCUCAUGUAUAUAGUCCACAUAGCUCUCCGCCGUUGGCAUCCUCUUUGUUCGCUGAAACAAAACGUGGUACUCAUCUUAAUCGUCAAUCUAAUAUCCCAAAGAUUCUUUUUUUUUUUAUUAUUAUUAUUAUUAUUUCCAUCCUAUUUAUUUUCCCACUUCGUGGAUCCCACCAGCAACAGAGGUGCUGGUCUUGUGAUUCCGGGGCCUCGAGUCACGCCCACGAUACUCCUGCUUCCGUCUCUUCGCUCCUCUCACAUUAAUUCAAACAGUGCCUAAAAGCUAUCGCCGAAACCAGGAACUCUCUGUCCAAUAUUUUAGAAUUCCAGUCAGUCGGGGGGGGGGGGGGGGGGGGCUUAUUCUACUCAACAUACACUUGAAGCGGAGUGCGAUUUUUUUUUAAGGCUCCGAUUUCCUCGUUUCCUUGCAGAACCUCGCGCAGAAGUCCGCGUCGCAUCGGGGAUACGGUCAAACGUGUUGGCGCCUGUCAUGCCUUAAUAAAAAUGUGGAGCCCUGGCUCCAAACGUCCCCCCCUCUGAUGAUCGUCUGCUCCAAUGAAGAAGAAGCGCGAGCGUUUGUUUUCACGGCUCCAUGCAAUGGGCCUCCACCGUAGACUCCUAGAGACUUGGUUUCGACUAUUUUUGUAAUGAAAAAAGGAACUCGUAACAACUGGUUCUCACCAGGUGUGUGAACUGAGGAGCUCCACGUUUUUUUGCCUGCGUUGUACAAUCAAGCUCUCCCCUUCUUUAAGCCCGGCCCUCCAACAGAAGCCCACCAGUCACAUGUGGAACACCAAAGUCCUGACUCCGACGGUCCAUUGCGUCACAUCAGCCGACCAUGUGAUGUGUCCGAAUCUACCCGGAACACCCAGUGCACUCCGAAAAGCGAAACUCAUUUUCUACAGAAAGGCGACGUUGCUGUAGUUGUGUUUGUGUAAAAAUCAUCACAGACUUAAAAAAGUGGAGUACAAACCCUUUUUUGUUGUUGUUGUUGUUGUUGCCAAGAACAUAUAAUUAUGAAUGACCUUUGACAUGUAUAAUGUCACCACAACGAUGCAUGAGUCUUAUUUAUCAAAAAUAAAUAAAAAGAUAAAGCUCAUUCUCAACUCAAAGGAAUAGUUUGACAUUUUUCAGCUCAGCUAAUCGUCUCUUGGCCGCCAGGCAUCUUAUCCGAACUCUUCAGUUAUUCCUUUUCAGGCCACAAAUGUUCUAUUUUGAAUAGAAGUUAAACACGAGAGGCGACUUUGCCGGAACCACGGUUCAACAUGUGACUGGUGUGCGCUCCCCCCCCCCCCCCCCCCCCCCCCCCCCCCCUCGCCUCCGUGUACCCUCGAAGAGCAAACGGCAGAUGUUGGACAACAGCUCGGAUGAAUUAAAGAAUGAGACCCUUCGACGGUCUCGUUCAUUCAGGGUUAAGGUAGAUGAGGGGAGGGGAGAAAAAAACCCCAGCCGUUCCUACCUGGCUGUGUCGACCAAUCACGCCCUCACGAUGACAGCGCAACACGUAACUGGCUGCUUCAAUCGGAAAAUGAAAUAAAAAGAUGCAGGGUGAGGGUCCCUUGGGUGGUGGUGGGGGGGGGACGACAGCUGAAAUCCUGGAAACAAACAUCCAUCCCUGAUUGUCUUGCCAAGGAAAUGUCACUGACUUACUGUAGUUUGAAACACAGAAUGCUUGAGGAUGUCCUUUUCCCUUCGCUGGUCGUGUCUGUGUCAUACAUCCUGUCCCGUGUACCAGUUCGUAUGUCCUUGGUGUGUGUGUGUGUGUGCGCGCGUGUGUGUGUGUGUGUGUGUUAAUGCCACGUCCAUUUCCUCCUCUCCUGCUCCUUCAUCCAAAGUUACUGGGAUCAGCUGCGUCUGCUGUCACGUACAAACACCUAUGAUGAUGUGAUGUAUCAGGGACGGACGGGGGCCAAUCAGAUUGCAUAUAGAGUGUAUGACUGUGCGCGUGUGUGUGUGUGUGUGUGUGUGGGCGUUUCAUCUUUUUUCUCUGUCUCGUCUGACGUUCGAGUGUGUUCUCACAUGUCGGAGCCAUUUUACAAGUGCCUGAACGCAUCCUCUUUUAUCCUCCUGGUGUAUUUAAAUUGAAAAAGAAUUUCAAAAAAGAAAACGAGUCCCUGUAACGAAUUAGACCCAUUUUUUUAUGCUUAGUAUUUUUACCUCUGUAAAAAAAAGAGAGCGAGAGAGAGAGAGAGCAAAAAUUAUAUUAUAUAUAUAUCAAGUGUAUGUUGUACAUUUUUAUUUCUAUUUUUUUUUUUUAAAUAACUGUUUCUAACAUGUACGAUGGAUGUAGCUCUUGCUUUUUUUUUUCUUUUUUUUUUCCGAGAAGGAACAGGAAGUACUUUGUAGAUACUGACGGGUGGCCAGGUCUGUGAGAACAACUCAAGUGAAAUGUGUGUCUUACCUUCCGCCUCCAAUAAAAUGAGAGAAAACAGUGAAACCA